AUGACCCAAACUAUGAUUUUGACCGGUGCCUCUAGAGGUAUUGGUGCUGCCGUAGCCGAGAUUUACCUUGCCAAAUCGCCUUCCCACAAUCUUGUAGCAAUCGCUAGAUCCGAGCUGGCUUUGAAUGAUUUAAAGGAGAAGUAUGGCGAUAGAGUCAAGACUGUGGCAGGCGACAUCACGGACGAAAAGGUUGUCCUGGAAGCCGUCGAAAAAGCUCUCGAAUUUGGCUCAAUUGACUCGGUUGUCGCUAAUGCCGGUGUGCUUGAUCCAGUCGACACUGUGGCCAAGGCUGACGUUGCCAAGUGGAAGAAAUUGUUCGAUAUCAACUUCUUUUCGGUGGUGGACCUUGCCACAAAGACAUUGCCUCACCUCAAGAAGUCGAAGGGUCGUUUUGUCGCCGUGCUGUCUGGAGCUCUGACCAGUUCAUACUAUGGUUGGGGUGCCUACGGUGCUUCCAAAUCUGCCUUGAACCAUCUCAUCCAGACCUUGGUUGCUGAGGAUAAGGAGGUCAAUGCCAUCUCAAUUGCCCCAGGUGUGGUGGAUACCAACAUGCAAGAGGACAUUCGUGAAAAGUUCGGUGCCAACAUGACGCCUGAGAGCUUGCAAAAGUUCAUUGAUUUGCACAAAAAUAAGGGAUUGUUGCCUGCUGAGGUGCCUGCCAGUUUGCUCGUUAACUUGGCUGUCAAGGGUUGGGGUCUGGACCUCAACGGUGGCUACUACAGAAUCGGCCAGGAUGCUCUCAAGGAGUUUCUGUGA